GGGAGGUUAGAAAGAGAGAGAAAGCGAUACAUACAUAUAUAUACACAUAAACACACAAGUAAAACGUGCCCUCCGCCAUUUUUGAGACGAAGAGGGAGCUCGAAUGAAAUACAUAUGAUAUUUACAGACGCAGAAUCGUAACCCUAAUACCGGAAUUCUAUUGACCGAGAAUCUUGUAUAAAUUGCUCUGUAUCGGUGAAUUAAAUCAUAUGGUUUGAACUUCGCGUGGUGGGAAGGCCUUCAAGAUUCGCAUCUUCCCGUCUAGCAAAGAAAGUGAAGGGGAGCGGACAGCRAGUUGGAGGACGCUGCAGAACCGCGUGAUUCUUUAUAAUUGCGAAGUUGCUCCAGUGGUUUAAUUGUCUCUUCUACGAACAUUUUGGAACUCGUAAGCUCUUAAAAUCUUCUUGGCUAUCCUUAUUCAGAGGCAUAUAAUGGAGCUUAGAGUUUCAGCCCAAGAACCAGGCAUGUCACCUUCUGUAUACAAAAGUCAUCCUGAUGAUAAAGAAAUUAGUGAUGAGGAUGAUGAUGAUCGCAACCAUAAGCAUCGUAGAAGAGAGGAUGCAAGGUCUCAGUCGUUGGAGGAUGAUGCUAUGGAACAAGUAUUUACAAAGCCAUAUAGAAGGGGAAGUAAACCUUUUCAAAAUGGGCAUCUUUUUGGGGAAACUGGUUCUCAGUCCAAUGAAACAUGGAAAAAGUAUAGUUUUAAUCCUCUGGAGAAAGAUAUAUCUGCGAAAUUUGACCAAAAACGCCCUGGGUUUACUCAAUUUUCUCGAGGACCUUUAGAUUUGAACCAGAAAAUUAGGGUAAACCAACCAUUUUCUGGGGACCCUGGUGCAGUUAGGGGUAGAGGAAGGGACUCUGGUUUUUGGAAUCAACGUGAUCCUAGAUUCAGCUCUAUUGAUAUUGCUUCUCACAUAGUUCAACAAGGAUCUGUUCCUCAUAGUCUUUUUGCGGGGAGGGGUUUGCCAACUGUUUCAAACUCCUGUGGUCCAUCCUGGAGUGCAUUUGGGUUGGUUCCAGGAAUGCCAAAUGGUGGUUUGGAUAUGCUCCAUCCCCUUGGAUUACAAGGAACAUUCAGACCAGCUAUGAGUCCUCUGAACAUGGGACAUUCACGACAACGGUGUAGGGAUUUUGAGGAACAAGGUUUUUGCCUAAGAGGCGACAUGUGCCCAAUGGAGCAUGGUGUGAAUCGUAUUGUCGUAGAAGAUGUUCAGAGCCUCUCACAGUUCAAUCUCCCCGUAUCACUGGCGAGUGCAAAUCUAUCAAUAGCACCACUUGGGAUAGGACCUUCACCUGCAACUAGUGUCGCAACGAGUACAUUGUCGAACAGCAGAAGUUCACAUGGUAAAAAUAUCAAAUGUGAAAUGGUUAACAAUGGAUUGGAUGCAAGUGGUACCUUCACUGAUUCUGCUGCUGCCGCUGAUUUUUAUGAUCCUGAUCAGCCUCUAUGGGGAAAUGAUUCGCAUGCAUCAACUAGGCCUCAGUCUAUAAGUCAGCCAAAUGUUGGAAAAAGUGAUUCUUUGUUGGAUCCUGGUCUAUCUGGUGAUCACCGGGUUGGUCUGUCUGAUGGGUCUGAUAAUGAACUUGCAGGAAGCAUCGGUGGGACUGCCGUAGGAUCUCUGACUACAAGUUCUUUACGAGGUAGAAUCAGCAGUACAAAAAAAAGAACAGAAAUGAGAGACGAUAUGGUUUCAAAAGCAAGUCCUUCCGAUUUCAUGCACAGUGAGAUGACGGGAUCGCCGGUUCCACCAAAUAGCGCCCAGGAUCCUCAUCACCAGAAGCGGAACAAUUCAGAUUCGUCUCUGAAAAUGCAGAGUGGAAAUGGACGGAUGCUCCGUAGGCCUUCGCAAAAGGCACAACGUACAUUAUUUGUCAAUGGCAUUCCUCAGCAGAAUAACAGAAGGGAGUCCCUACUUUCACAUUUUCGAAAAUUUGGGGAGGUUAUCAAUAUUUAUAUUCCUUUAAAUAGUGAGCGUGCUUUUGUUCAGUUCUCUAAAAGAGAAGAAGCAGAAGCUGCUCUUUUAGCACCUGAUGCUGUAAUGGGUAAUCGCUUUAUUAAGCUAUGGUGGGCUAAUCGUGAUAAUAUACCGGAUGUGGAGACAAUUGGUGGCCAUAACAUGUCCUUACCUCCCCAUGGACAGACGGUUUCUACAGUCUCACCAUAUAUUUCUGUUGCUUACAAGAGAAAAGAUGACCCCCGAUCGGCAUCCCAUAAUGGCAUCAAUACUCCUGUCCCUGUGUCUGCUUCAGAUCAACCAAAGCCUGUGGUUGCUAAUGGUGCAAAAGUACCCCCACCUUUGCAAAAGAAGCUGGAGAGUUUAGAGGUCUUAAAGGAGGAACUACGCAAAAAACAAGAAAUGCUUGACCAGAAAAGGAAUGACUUCCGGCGCAAGCUGGAUAAACUUGAGAAACAAGCUACAGGUCUAAAAGGUGAAGUAUCACCCGAACAGGUUGCUAAAAAACAGAAAUUGGGGUUUUUAUCUGAUUCUACAAAGGCUGGAACCCCUAGUUCCAGUGAUCAUCAUACCGUUCUACCAUCACCACAAGAUGAAGUCUUAGCUAAUAGCAGCAAAUCUAUCGAUCCCUUUGGGCUGCAAAAUUCCAGAACAACUCUUGCUUCAGAACCUCAAGAAUCUUCAAGCUUGAAAUCAUCACUACUUCCAAUGGCACAUGUUGGAUCAACUGUUGUCACCAAUCGAUUCAAAUUGGAUAAUCGCCCAACUGCAUUUAAGAUCAUCCCACCUCUACCAGAUGGUCUUGCUGAAGCUCCUGUGUUGAAGGAACACUUUUCACCAUAUGGCGACCUUUCAAAGGUGCAAUUAGAGGACGUGGACCCCACCACCGAAGGCAACGCCGUCCUCCCGAAAACAUCCAAAGCUUCAGCUCGGAUAUAUUUCACAACCCGUCACGCAGCUGAAAAGGCAUUUAUAAACGGUAAAUCAUGGAAAGGUCACAACUUGCAAUUUGUAUGGCUAAAUUCCAACAAAGAUGUCAGUAGAGAAACUCCUUCGCCAACUUCUAAAGCGAGUUAUGAUUCUUCUACCAAACCCGUGGUUGAAACUUCUAAAACGACUCCCCAGGAGCCUUCCGGAAACGGAGAAUCUGAAAAAAACGGAAGGGAGAUUGUGGUGAAGUAAAAUCGAGUAAGUCUAUACUCGGGUUCGGUUAACGAUCGACGAUGGCCGGUGUACAGUGAGGUAAAUGGUAUAAUCAAGUACUUAAAACUUUUCUUCUAUAUAUAAGUUACAGUUGGAUUAGCAAUUGCUCAAUUUUGUCUUGUUUUCUUGUGCUCGCAGUUUGUAAAGGGUAAUUCUUGAUAGACUGCCUGUUGGGAUAAUUUGUUGGAUUUAGUUUGUUGUCAUUUUUCUGGGUCUUAGGAUUUGUAAGUUAAAUUCGUUUUAAAUAACUUCAAUUAUCUUUUAAUUUUUAUUUUCAUAAAACUUAAAUGCUGCGUAUUUAGAGGUCUCGUCGUUUGUUGUAUGUAAAUUGAGGAUGUGUUUGGU